UCCCAUUUAGAGAAACUCAGUCUUGGACACAACAAUGGAGUGGACUUGUUUAAUCGUACUGGCAGUAGCCCUCAUCCAGAUGACCAAAGGCGAUGAGAAUGAAGGGCCUGUGCAGGGAUCCGCUUCAGUCGGAACCAAGGAGAUAGACAAGAGAGUGCCUUGCGCAGCCAAGUUCUAUCAGUUUAACCCGCGCCAUACAGCUUGUCUACGCUCUGGACGAAAUGGACCACAAGAUGGUGUCCCACCUAGAGAUCGUCGGCUUAUAGAGGAUACCCAUAACGUCUAUCGAAGCAAACAGUACGCUACCAACAUGGAGAAGAUGUAUUGGGAUAGCGAGCUGGCCAUGAUAGCACAGAAAUGGGCCGACAACUGCGACUACAAGCACGAUAGCAGCGACCAGAGGAACAUUCCAAAGCGGAUGAGUGUGGGCCAGAACAUCGCCAUGGACACGUACGCCAAGAAGGACUGGAAGAAGCCGAUGGCCAUGUGGUAUGGUGAGAUCAAGGACUUCACCUACGGAGGCAGCAACGUCUUCCAUAAAGUUGGCCACUUCACGCAGAUAGUUUGGGCAGAGACUCCCCUCAUAGGAUGUGGCUAUGCCCGGUGUCCAGCGAAUGCUCAGUUCAGCGGACCAUGGAACUUCUACGUCUGCAACUAUGGCCCAGGUGGGAAUUUGUACGAUCGAAUCAGCAGACCAUACAAAGAAGGCCCAAGGGGAUCAGACUGCAUGAAGUCCGAGAAUGGCUUGUGUGACUGCAAAGGGAGAUUAUGCAUGAAUGGUGGGACUUUGGAUGUUGGGACCUGCAAGUGCAAGUGUCUCAAUGUGCCUUGGGUGAUGCAGCCGGACUGCACAGUUGAAUGUACCAAGGCUGAAGACACUGAUUUCUGCAACGGAGCAUUUGGACCUAAUCCCUGCCAGUACAGCAAUGUGCCGUUGGAGUACUGCCCCAAGUUGUGUAAUCUCUGCUAGACAACUCCAGAAUUUUCUUAAUCUUAGUUCUGACCAGUUAGUUGUGCUAUUCACAUGGAAGUAACAAGUUCAAUAGCGAAGAAGAUUUUGCUGAACAAUGCAGCAGGUCAUUCUAAAGACAAGGUCAUAGGCACCAAAGAUCAGGAUGUACUGGAAUACAAUCAAUGCCUAUCUUUGACCAACCAAUUAGAAAACAAUAUUCAAAUUAUAGCACUUUCUUAUUAUAUGUAUACAAAAUAUAUUUACUAUUUCAAUUUCACAAAAUGUAAAUUCCUAAACCCUUCAUGAGGCAUAUCAUAAAGGCGAGAUGAGACACAAACGUGUAUCACUUUCUGUAACUGGACUAAUUUCAUGUAUCUAGUGGAGUCAAAAAUAAAUGUACCAAAAUUAA